AUGAUGGGAAAAGUGAAGAAUAGGAGGAGAAGUCUAAAAUUAUUCAAAAGGUGGUCUGUUAAGAAUUCUAAGAGAUUGAUUGUAAAAGAAAUGACAUCCAAAAUGGUAGCAGUUGAUGUAAUAGAGGAUAACAUUGACAAUUCCCUUUCUACUGAUAAACUUAAAAGUAUAAAAACGGUUUCUUCCAAAGUAACAGUACCAAACAUUACAAAUCAUGAAAUUAUAGAUAUUAUUGAUAUUGCCGGUGAUGAUAGUACAUUUGAAAACCCUCCAACUAUAAAUAAAAAAAAAACUGCCCUAAACAUCAAUAAUCAUGAAAUAAUAGAUAUUACCGAUACUACUACCUCAAGCAAUACAAAUGAAGGUGCCCAUAAACAAUUUUCAAGUCAUACAAUAUCGUUUAAUGACGAUGAUGAUGAUAUCCAAAUUAUUUAUGUUCGUACUUGUGAUCAAAAUAAAUCUAUUGAACUUAUUACUCUAUCAGACCAGAGUGAUGACGAAAAUACAUCAAAUCAAGAAUUUGUUGAAAAACCAAAUAGUUUUAAAUCCAUGCACAAACGUCUAGGUGUUCCUACAAAAGGCACAUAUAAAAGCUCAUAUAAUAGUCCUUUAUGUAACCUUAAAAGGAAACGGGAAGAGGUAAAUGUAACUAAAUUGGGUGACAACUUAGGAGGAUUUAUUACUGAUACACAAAAAAAUUCUUCAAACUCACAGAAUGUUAUUACGUUGGAAAAAAAUCCUGUUAAGAAGUUCAAGCCACAAGUAUCUUCAACAGGUACAACAUUUAGAACCAAAAGAAAACUACGACCAAUUAUCAUUGAUGGAUUAAAUAUUGGAUUUUCACAUGGUUCAGGAACAUUUUCGGCAAGAGGAAUUGAAUUAUGUAUACAAUAUUUCACUUAUCUAGGACAUACAAAUAUAAUAGCAUUCAUUCCACAACAUCGAAAGGGAACCCCUGGGUCUACAACAAACACUAUCUUAAAUAAUUUAUUUAAAAAAGGGCAAGUUUGUUUUACACCUAGCCGAGUGGUCAAAAACAGAAGGAUGACAUGUCAUGAUGACCGAAUUAUACUCAACUAUGCCCAUAAAUGUAACGGAGUGGUUGUUUCAAAUGACAACUAUCGAGAUUUCUAUGAUGAAAGUGAAGCAUUCAAAGAGAUCAUUGGAAAUAGACAAGUAAUGGUGACAUUUGUCAGGGAUGAUAUAAUCGUUCCAGAAGACCAAUACAAUCGAAGAUCAACUAUCCGGACUCUUUCAGAUAUUUUGUGUUUUCCAGAAUAA